AUGGUCAACAAGAACCCCCAGCUCCUGCACAAUCUCACACUUGGUUACAACCUCCAUGACAACUAUUUGGACACUUUACACACUUCAGAUGCCUUGCUGGACAUUCUCUCCACUGGAGAAGUCAAUGUCCCCAACUACGGCUGUGGAAGGAAGGAGAACCUUCUGGCUCUUUUUGAUGCAGCUAACAGUGACAUCUCUAUCCAGGCAUCAACAUUAGCAGCACUUUACAAAGUCUCACAGAUCACCGAUAAUAUUGUUUCAGAGACUCUGAGUGAUAAAAGCAAAUUCCCCUUUUUCCACCAGAUGGUCCCCAAAGAAGGAUUCCUGUACCCAGCAAUUGUCCAGCUGCUCCUCCAUUUCAGCUGGACCUUCAUUGGCCUCUUUGCUUCAGGCACAGAGAAGGGAGAGAAUUUCAUGAGGACUUUCACUCCUAUGCUUUUCCAUCCUUUCCUGCAGAAGAAUGAGUUUUGCAAUAUUUCUGAUAGGAAACUGUACUUGGAUCAAAAUGGAGAUGUAGCAGCAGAUCUGAUAAUCCUGAGCCAGUUGAUUAUCCCCAAGGAGGAUUCCAUUGGACACUAUAUGGGGACUUGGGAAAGACAGAGACUCACUAUCCACCAAGGAGUUCUUUCGCGGCUAAAGUUGUUUAACAAGCCUCUGCCUCAGUCCAAAUGUGUGGAAAAUUGUCAGCCUGGAUUUGUCAAGAGGGCUCGAGAAGGAGAGCCAUUUUGCUGCUACGAUUGUGUUCCUUGUCCGGAGGGGACCUUCUCCACUCGGAAAGAUACAGGAAAAUGCACCAAGUGUCCGGAUGAUAAGUAUCCAAAUGAGGAGCGAGUCCAAUGUAUCCCCAAAGUUAUAACCUUUCUGUCUUAUGAAGAACUUCUGGGCAUCAUCCUGGUCUCUUUUGCUAAUGUGAGGGGAAAUGAGAAGAAGCACCUCAACCAUCUGCAGCAGCAGCAGACCUGUGUUUACCAGGCCAGAAUGGAAGACCUGCAGAAAACUAUUAUGGACAACAAAGGAAGCUUAGACCAUGCCAACACGAUGAUCCACCAGUUAGAGCCAGAGAAAGAAUCUUUGGUGAAACAUACUGAAGAACUCCAGAGAGAAAUCUACGAGGAUGAUGAUAAUAACAUGAAAGUUUUUGUUUACAGGACUCCAACUUUUGGUCUUAAUAAAAUGCUGUGCUUUAUUUUUUCCAUUCAACUGGUCAACAAGAAUUCCCAGCUCCUGUACAACCUCACAUUGGGCUACAACAUCCACGACAAUUCUUUGAAUGCACUUGUCACUUCAGAGGCCUUGCUGGACAUUCUCUCCAUUGGAGAAGCCAAUGUCCCCAACUACGGCUGUGGAAGGAAGGACAACCUUCUGGCUCUGAUUGAUGGAGCUCGCAGGGACAUCUCUGUCCAGAUAUCAACAAUAGCAGACAUCUACAAAGUCCCACAG